GAAAGGCACUAAGGCAGCCGAACCGACCGGCACUUCCCAGCUGACAGCCGCCGCCGCAGCCGCCAGGACACCGCUCGAGAUCAGGCAAUUUUCUUAUAAAAGCACGUGCAGCGGCUGUGGGAAGGGGAGGAACCCCACUGUUUGCAGGCCGAAGACCGAGCUGCCGUGCGCGGAGAUGGAUUUAAGCAGAUGAUAGCUGAACGCAUAAGAGAUGCUUCAGGAGAAGGCUUCAGCUGUGACGGAUGAACAUGUGAGCCGGGUCCAGACUGGUGGGGAGACAGAUCUGCUUCCAGACCAGUCACGAUUGGGCCUGUCCACAGCUCCCACGGUUCCCAACUCCACUGAGCCUGACCAGAACAUUGAGAACAUUAAGGUCGUCCUUCAUGAGCGGGAGCUGUGGAAGAAGUUCCAUGAGGCUGGCACAGAGAUGAUCAUUACUAAAGCAGGGAGGAGGAUGUUUCCUAGCUACAAGGUCAAAAUGACUGGGAUGAAUCCCAAAACCAAAUACAUCCUACUUAUUGACAUUGUUCCAGCUGAUGACCACCGCUACAAAUUCUGUGACAACAAGUGGAUGGUGGCUGGGAAGGCUGAGCCAGCAAUGCCGGGCAGGCUCUACGUGCACCCUGAUUCCCCGGCCACAGGAGCUCACUGGAUGAGGCAGCUGGUAUCAUUUCAGAAGCUGAAGCUAACAAACAAUCACCUGGACCCUUUCGGUCAUAUCAUCUUGAACUCUAUGCACAAGUACCAGCCCAGGCUACACAUUGUCAAAGCUGAUGAAAACAACGCCUUUGGAUCAAAGAACACUGCCUACUGUACCCAUGUAUUUCAUGAGACAGCCUUCAUCUCUGUAACCUCUUACCAAAACCACAAGAUCACUCAACUGAAAAUAGAAAACAAUCCAUUUGCCAAAGGAUUCCGAGGAAGUGAAGAAGGAGAUCUGCGUGUUUCGAGACUUCAAGGGAAAGAAUAUCCAGUCAUUUCAAAGACUAUGGUACGCCAAAGGCUCAUUUCAUCACACAGUCACCUAGCAGGAAAACUUGGAGCAGGAGUUCUAACGGGACACCCGCAAGUGUUGUCCUCUUAUCAGUAUGAGACUGGGGUUCCUUUGUCUACCCCAGACUCCCAAGAUCCCAUCUCGACUCACUUCCCACAGAGCAGAGAUCCCAACCUUCUUUAUCACUGCUUCAAACACAGAGACAAUGGCCGACACUUGGAACUUGGAUGUAAACGGUCAUACCUGGAGACAUCAGCUGCAGUCUCAGAGGAGCAUUACUUCCGUUCACCUCCUACUUAUGAAUCACCUUUACUCUCUCAUCCAUACUGCACCGAGGCGAUCACUUCUAGAGAGGCUUGUAUGUACGGUGGUAUGGAAACAGAGUCUGGAUCUGGGGCAGCAGACAGGGAUGACCUAACCAGCUCUCCUUCAGUUAAUUGCAACAUGUGGGCUACAGUGCAGCCGUACCCUCGCUAUGGCAUGGAAGGCAUGCCCUACCAGCCCUUUACUGCUCACUUCACCAACUCAGCCACCGUCACGCCUGUGGUACCGCACCCAACAUCAUCAGUUGUGUCACGACCACAGGCUGACUUGGAGGUCUACAGCUCAACUUUGCCUGUGAUACCACCCUCAUCCUCCUCUUCAUCAAGCUCUCCAGUUUUCCCAGGAUCCAGAGAUAGGUCAGGCCAUCCACCUCUGUACCACAAGAAACCAGGAUCACCACUCCUACCUCACAGAGAUUUCUCAACCUAUCCAGCGCAGGGUACAAUAUCCAUCCGGGAGCCGUCUUAUCAGUACCAAGUUGGGCUGAGUAGCACAGGGAGUAACUGGACUGACAGCUAAUGUGGCUCACUGGAGGAAUCAGUUUUGUUAAAUAUACAAAGGUCUCCAAAAUUCCACUGUGGUGUGCUAGUGCCAAGCAAUGGUAAUGGACUACAGCUAUGGUUACUGCCAAACUGAACACCCAAAUCUUUUACACCCAUGUGUUCUUACUGAAUGAAUAUUCCAUACAACACUGUAUGUGGCAAACAGUGGCUGACCUCCUCUUUACUUAGUCAAAUGUGUAGCAUAUGUGCUAUAAGCCCGUGAUCAGGUGGAGCAGGGUGGUUCUGCUGCACUCAAAUGUAAAUCGUUGGUUUGAAUAGCACUUGAGGUAUGUCAGAGGGAUCAUUAACGGUGCAAGAAGUGUUACAGUGUGUCUUGUCAGCCCUGUCGAGGUAGCAUUGGCAAGUUAACCUAAAAGAAAAAUGAGGAACACAAUGAGCAGAAGGACAAAGAAGAUUAAGCAAAAGUUAGCAGCUACCCUGUUUACUCAAAGAAACAUGAGUGUUUUUCAGGGUCAGUUCAAUUCAGUGUUAUUUAUAUAGUGCCAAAUCACAACAACAGUCACCUCAAGGUGCUUUGUAUUGUAAUAAAAACCCUACAAUAAUACAACAAGGGACCGUUUUUAUCUAUUUCAACAUCAAACAAGUUUAAGGGAUGGUGAUUCCUUUAGUUUUCUUUUAUGUUUGUUUUUGUUUCUUGUUUUUAAUUAAUAUCAAUAAAAUGCAUGAAAAGGACAAAAGAAAAAAAUAAUCUGGUCAUGUUAACAAAACCCUCUGACAUCUUUACCCUGUUUAUACCAACCCCAAGCUCCCCGGCUCGCCGCAGUUUUAAGCCAAUGUUAGACAGACAGAAGUACAUAUUGUAGCAAAAAGCCAAGCUUGUGACCUCAAUCAGAGGCUUGCCACUGACACUAUGCUCAAGUCAAAGCUAUGCUGUCACUUGCUGGUGCUGUAAUUUAUGAAGCAUAUCAACCCCAGAAUCCACCUGUUAGCUCUGAGUCUGAGCCUGGUAGGGAAUUUAGCCUUUUGCUUUAUUGUUCAGUACCUUGAAAUGCUACAUCAGCAUACCCUGUGUUCUCAAUUUAAUAUAAAGUCUAUUCUGUGUGAGGUGACUGGUGAGUUGGUAAGUGCUGUUUUACAGUGGCAGGAUGGUAUAUGUAGGCUUGACUCAGCAAAAUUGAUCACGAUGGCCAUUUUCUUUUCUUGUUUGGGUCUUUUCAUGGUAACUGUUGAGAAGAAGAAAAAUGUAGAAAGAAAGAAAGGAAGGAAGUCUUUUCAUGAGAGAGGAGGGGUUUGAUGUUGAAACGUUAUCACAGAUUUUAAAAUUUAUCAAAGCCAGGUUCUUUUGAUUCUUAAUUGUGCACAUGUGCCACAAAGAGAUUUGCUACAUUUUUCUGUACAGAGUAAGAAUGAAUUGAAUACAUGGCAAAAUGAGACUGAUUGAAAUAUAAGGAGGGUAGAUCUAAGGUCACUGUGCAUGAACCAUAAAUCAUAUGUGCACUGGCAUUAGAAAACUAGCUAUCUAAGACAGCCUUUCCCCAUGUUGUUGUACAUACAGAGGUAUUAAAUGAAGUGUACCACAGAUGUAUCAUCAUACCAAGUAUUAAUAUGCAAGUUUCUACAGGCAUGUUUGGUGUGUGAUAUUAGGGCUUACCUUAAGAAAACAUGUUUUGUGUAGAACUCAGCCAUGCUACUGUGGUGGGUCAUCAAAGCUCGGCUCCGACGUCAUGACUACAAAUAAUAUUGAACAGCAAAGAACGCUCAGGCAGAACCAGAUGGGAGCUUAAAGAGCUGCUGUUAAGCCAGGGUGAGUACCAGAAAAGAAAGCGGAGCACCAGCUCCACGCCCAAAUUAUUUACUUGGAACAGAUCCUUGCACAACAUCAAACAGCCUGAGCAGACAGGGAUGCCAAAAGAGGAGGUCCUCAGUAGCACUGCGUUCAGGAAAAAUUGGAACUUGUAUUGUCAAGGAGAGAUUGUUUGUAUGAUAUGAUCAGUUAUGCAUAUGUACA